UUGUUACAGAAAUCGCUAUUAAAGAAUCAGACAUGGGUCGUAAAGAAGCCGACUUUGACUGGAAGAAGACCACUGACAACAUCCAGGAGGUGUUUGACUUCAUGGAGGUGCUUGGAUCGUAAGUACAGCUCACACCUGACCCACCUACCAUAGGACCAUAGGACCCCCCACCUACCAUAUGACCAUUUUCACUACCUCAUUAGAACAUGCAUCUCAGGAAAAAGAGUGCAAAGACACUUUGCAAAGACAUCACUAGUUGAACAUCUGGAAAGGGUCUGCUGAAAGCCCUUUGACCCCCAUCCACUGGCUGAGGUGGUGGAGGGAUUAUGCAGUAGGUUUGAUUGGAUUGCCAGGAAACCUACUUUACUGGUGUCUUAGCAACAAGUCCCUCUGGCAGCACUGAGGGUAUCAGUCCUAGACCUCCCGAUGGCGUCAGGUGAUUAUUAAAAUGGCUAAAAACCGUCCUCAAUGGAGCUAUCUUUAGCUGGAGAUUCAUUGAGAUUUUGAUUUCUUUGGUACAAUCUUGGCAAAGAGUGAGAAUCCCACAAGAUUCCACAGGAACUUUUCAAAUCGUUUUUUCCAGAUGUUUUUGAUGGUGUUGUUGAAAAUGUGAAUUAUUGUAACUAAGUAAUUUGAGUAAGCACAACUAUGCAGUUUCAAAAUAUUUAGAUUUAGAUAGUAAAUAGUCAUGCAACACAAACUACAGUGCCCUCAGAAAGUAUUCACACCCCUUUACUUUUUCCACAUUUUGUUGAUACAGCCUGAAUUUAAAAUUGACUACUUUUAGAUUUUCUGUCACUGGUCUACACACAAUACCCCAUAAUGUCAAAGUGGAAUUUUGUUUGUAGAACAUUUUAUAAAUUAAUACAACAUUAAAAGUUGAAAUGUCUUGAUAAGUAUUCAACCCCUUUGUUAUGGCAAGCCUAAAUAAGUUCAGGAGUAAAAAUGUGCUUAACAAAUCGCAUAAUAAGUUGCAUGGACUCAUUCCGUGUUCAAUAAUAGUGGUUAACAUGAUUUUUCAAUGAUUACCCCAUCUCUGUACCCCACACAUACAAUUAUCUGUAAGGUCCCUCAGUUGACUAGUGAAUUUCAAGCACAGAUUCAACCACAAAGACCAGGGAGGUUUUUCAAUGCCUCGCAAAGAUGGGCACCGAUUGGUAGAUGUGUAAACAUUUUUAAAGCAGAUGCUGAAUAUCCAAAAUAUGCAUCCUGUUUUCAACACGGCAAUUAGGUAAAACUGCAAAACAUGUGGCAAAGAAAUCAACUUUUUGUCCUGAAUACAAAGUGUUGUUUGGAGCAAAUCCAACACAACACAUCACUGAAUACCACUCUUCAUAUUUUCAAGCAUGGUGGUGGCUGCAUCAUGUUAUGGGCAGUGGUGGAAAAAGUACCCAAUUGUCAUACUUGAGUAAAAAUAAGAUACCUUAAUAGAAAAUGACUCAAGUAAAAGUGAAAGUCACCCAGUAAAAUACUACUUGAGUAAAAGUCUACAAGUAUUUGGUUUUAAAUAUACUUAAGUAUCAAUAGUAAAUGUAAUUGCUAAAAUAUACUUAAGUAUCAAAAGUAAAAGUAUAAAUCAUUUUCCUUAUAUUAAGCAAACCACACGGCACCAUUUUCUUGUUUUUUAAAUGUUAUUUACGGAUAGCCAGAGGCACACUCCAACACUCAGACAUCAUUUACAAAUGAAGCAUGUGUGUUCAGUGAGUCUCUUGAUAAGUGUGUGAAUUGGACCAUUUUCCUGUCCUGCUAAGCAUUCAAAAUGUAACGAGUACUUUUGGGUGUCUGGGAAAAUGUAUGGAGUAAAAAGUACGUUAUUUCUUUAGAAAUGUAGUGACGUAAAAGUUGUCAAAAAUAUAAAUAGUAAAGUACCGAUACCCCCCAAAAACUACAUAAGUAGUACUUUAAAGUAUUUUUACUAAAGUACUUUACACCACUGGUCAUGGGUAUGCUUGUCAUCGGCAAGGACUAGGGAGUUUUUCAGGAUAAAAAAGAAACGGAAUGGAGCUAAGCACAGGCAAAAUCCUAGAGGAAAACCUGUUUGUCUGCUUUCCAACAGACAGAGAAUUCACUUUUCAGCAGGACAAUAACCUAAAAUACAAGGCCAGAUCUACACUGGAGUUGCUUACCAAGACAACAUUGAACGUUUCUGAGUGGCCUAGUUACAGUUUUGACUUAAAUUGACUUGGAAAUGGCUGUCUAGCAAUGAUCAACAAUCAAGUUGACAGAGCUUGAAGAAUUUAAAAAAGAAUAAUGGGCAAAUAUUGUACAAUCCAGGUGUGCAAAGCUCUUAGAGCCUUACCCAGAAAGACUCACAGCUGUAAUCGCUGCCAAUAGUGCUUCUACAAAGUAUUGACUCGGGUGGGAAUACCUAUGUAAAUUAGAUAUUUCUGUAUUUCUUUUUCAAUACAUUUGCAAACAUUUCUAAAAACAUGUUUUCACUUUGUCAUUAUGGAGUGUUGUGUGUAGAUGAGUAUAUAUAUUUUUUUAAUCAUCAAUUUUGAAUUCAGGCUGUAACACAACAAAAUGUGGAAUAAGUCAAGGGGUAUUAUGAGUACUUUCUGAAGGCACUGUAUGUGCAUUGAUUCUGCACAAUUCAAACUAGCCUAAUUUUAGUGGGUCAGCCAGCGUGAGUAAUCCAAGGGGUCAAUCAACUGUUCUUGACUGAGCAGUCCGGUUUUACUGAGGUUGUCGCGUUGAGAUGCUUCGGGAACCCUGGUGGUGGAUGAUGGAUCUGGGGUCAGAGGUAAAUAAAGGUGUGUAGGCUACUGCUCCCUUGGGGUGCUGACGUCACUGGACCGUGGGAACCGAGACUUGCCUGGACCAAGGACUGGACAGGCAACCAAGAGAGGAAGCCAUGUGGACAGACACAAUUUGUGGGAACAGAUGUCUUGGAGAAGAUUGUUGCUUGACUAAGACCUCUUUAGUCUACAACCUCUUUAGUGAUAUUUGGAAUCCACCUGUCAUGGAAUCUCGGUGUUAAACCCAGAAAUAAAUGGCAGCAUGAAUGAAGACACUUUUACAUAUUGCUGCAUGAUAAGUUAUAUAGAUGUACAGUUGAAGUCGGAAGUUUACAUACACUUAGGUUGGAGUCAUUAAAACUCGUUUUUCAACCACUCCACAAAUUUCUUGUUAACAAACUAUAGUUUUGGCAAGUCAGUUAGGACAUCUACUUUGUGCAUGACACAAGUAAUUUUUCAAAUAAUUGUUUACAGACAGAUUCUUUCACUUAUAAUUCAAUGUAUCACAAUUCCAGUGGGUCAGGCUUUAGAAAGUUCUGAUAGGCUAAUUGUCAUAAUUUGAGUCAAUUGGAGGUGUGCCUGUGGAUGUAUUUCAAGGCCUACCUUCAAACUCAGUGCUCAUAGGAAAAUGAAAAGAAAUCAGCUAAGACCUCAGAAAGAAAAUUGUAGACCUCCACAAGUCUGGUUCAUCCUUGGGAGCAAUUUCCAAACACCUGAAGGUACCACAUUCAUCUGUACAAACAAUAGUAUGCAAGUAUAAACACCAUGGGACCACGCAGCCGUCAUACCGCUCGGGAAGGAGACACGUUCUGUCUCCAAGAGAUGAACAUACUUUGGUGCGAAAAGUGCAAAUCAAUCACAGAACAACAGCAAAGGACAUUGUGAAGUUGCUGGAGGAAACAGGUACAAAAGUAUCUAUAUCCACAGUAAAAUGAGUCCUAUACCGACAUAACCUGAAAGGCCGCUCAGCAAGGAAGAAGCCACUGCUCCAAAACCGCCAUAAAAAGCCAGACUACGGUUUGCAACUGCAAAGAUCUUACUUUUUGUAGAAAUGUCCUCUGGUCUGAUGAAACAAAAAUAGAACUGUUUGGCCAUAAUGACCAUCGUUAUGUUUGGAGGAAAAAGGGUGUUGCUUGCAAGCCGAAGAACAUCCCAACCGUGAAGCACAGGGGUGGCAGCAUCAUGCUGUGGGGGUGCUUUGCUGCAGGAGGGACUGGUGUACUUCACAAAAUAGAUGAGGAAGGAAAAUUAUGUGGAUAUAUUGAAGCAACAUCUCAAGACAUCAGUCAGGAAGUUAAAGCUUGGUCGCAAAUGGGUCUUCCAAAUGGACAAUGACCCCAAGCAUACUUCCAAAGUUGUGGCAAACUGGCUUAAGGACAACAAAGUGAAGGUAUUGGAGUGGCAAUCACAAAGCCCUGACCUCAAUCCUAUUGAAAAUGUGUGGGCAGAACUGAAAAAGCGUGUGCGAGCAAGGAGGCCUACAAACCUGACUCAGUUACACCAGCUCUGUCAGGAGGAAUGGGCCAAAAUUCACCCAACUUAUUGUGGGAAGCUCGUGGAAGGCUACCCGAAACGUUUGACCCAAGUUAAACAAUUUAAAGGCAAUGCUACCAAAAACUAAUUGAGUUUAUGUAAAUUUCUGACCCACUGGGAAUGUGAUGAAAGAAAUAAAAGCUGAAAUAAAUCAUUCUCUCUACUAUUAUUCUGACAUUUCACAUUCUUAAAAUAAAGUGGUGAUCCUAACUGACCUAAGACAGUGAAUUUUUACUAGGAUUAAAUGUCAGGAAUUGUGAAAAACUGAUUUUAAAUGUAUUUGGCUAAGGUGUAUGUAAACUUCCGACUUCAACUGUAUCUUGUUCUCACCAGAGCCCUACUUCAGUGUGUGACCCACAGAACCUUUGAAAUGUGAUUCUGAUUCACAUCACAUUGGGAGAAGAUAUUGUAAAACAGAAACGCACUAUUAUUUAAGUUAAGUAUAAUAGAGUAAAAUAGUCAAAGUAUAAAAAUAGCUUUUUUCAGAAUUAUACAUCUAAAAUGCAGGUGCUGUGGAAGUUCAACUAAAUGUAUUUUAAGAAUACUUAUUUUCCCUGGGCAAUGAUAGCUUGCUUGUUCAGGAUGGGUCAGCUUGGCACUGCUGGUGUCAGGGCUAAGGGCAGACUGACAGUGAUAUUUGCUCUCUCAGAUUGGAACAAGGAUCAAUUAGCAGAAAGAACAGCUAAACAGAUGGCGAAAGCUUGGUCAGGUGCUCUAUAGAUGUGAUUAUACUGUAAUGUACAGUGAAACACUUGCAUGUACAGCAAUACCACGUUUUAUCAAAUUUUCUCUCUUUAGGCCUAAUUUAUAUAAUUAGCAUACACACUAUGUUUGACGAUAAAUAUAUCAGCAUAACAAAUGAGUGUAGUCCCUACUGUACUUCCUUCCUAUGUUCUAUCACAAGGAUCUAUCUAGGGGAAUUAGGGAGGUCCAUUGGAUUAGGCUUUAUAAAGCUAAACCCACAUGGGACCAUCAACAAAAACACAAUCUAGUUUCCUGGCAACGUGAUAUACAGUACGUAGGCGUUCAGACUGUCGUUACACACCUGCUCUCUGGUGUAGAUAUCAUCCCUGUCAUGAUCUUACCCUUAUCAUGGUUGGAAAUAUUAACUUUAUUUCAGCUGUUAAUGGUAUAUUUUGUCUAGAUUUAUUUCAACAGUUAAUUGUAUAUUUUGUCUAGAUUUAUUUCAGCAGUUAAUGGUGUAUUUUGUCUCACUUUUGUGUUUUCAAACUGUACAUGAGGAGAGUGUCUGACAACAAGCUUACUAAUAGCUGCCUUGCAUGCCAAUGGAUUGCCACGGAUGCUGUUUGAUUGAUAAUACCCCUUGAAGGUCAUAAUGAGAAUCAUGGGAUUCUCUAGGAGAAGAUGCAGUGUAGUUUUUGGAAAACAUAAAGACGCCAGCAUGUCUGACUUACGUCCUGGGGCCUACCUCUGUGCACUACUGAGUUUAAUGGGACAAUGUGAGAUGAUGUCAUAAUAACUCUGUCUGCCUUCAUGCAGUGACACUCAUUAGGACUUGUAUUUACUAUUUUUAGUCUGCCGCAGUUGAAGCAAUGUUUGCUAAUUAUCUUUCUAAUCAGGUUAGGUAAUGUAACCUAAACCUUGCAGUGCUCUAAUCUAGCACGUGUUCCUUAGACUGGCUUCAGUGCCGUAACUCAACAGAAAGGGGGCAGCACUUUUGUGGUACAGUAUUUACUGUCAGUCAGCCCCUCUCUCAAGGCUGUGUAUGACCCUAUGACCUGGUCGCUGCUUGGGGUGGAGGUCUAUCCGUGCUGGCUGCACAUGCUCAGUCCAUCUACACCUAGAGCCAGCCUGCCUGCCUGUCACAGUUUCCGUUGUGUAAGGGAUAAACAUGCUAAUCCAGCAGGCAGGUCAGCUAUUCCCAGACGAUGCUGAAGAUAGCUGGGAAACUGUACAGAACAUAACAUUGACUGAGCCCUUAAGCCACUCUACCCCAUCUAAGACCUUAAUAGGACCUUUUUCACAGUCUUAACUUCUGUUUUCUUGAUAUCACGCACCUCUCUCUAGUGUAAUAUCAAAGGGUGCAUGUCCUGUAGGCCACCUGAUACAGAUGUAGUAUCUUCAUUUGAUCACCCUGUUGCAGGAUAUUUGUAGUGUAUUUUAGGUUUAGAAAGGCUUCUGAACUUUGUAAUUUCCACUUUGAAAUUUCAAACCUACAAAAAUGUCCAUUAAUCAUAAUCCACAUAAUAAUUUACAUUUCCUUUUGCUGCAGGACUAUUUUCCUGCUGUAGCAAACUGGCUCAAAUUAACAUCCUACACCUGUACCUGAAGCGCAAUAGAAACCAUCAACAGUGUAUUGCAAACAUUUAUAACCUACUGCAGGUCCAUAAGAACUGUAACCUACACCAAAGUAAAAAUAAUUCAUUUGUAAGAAAUUACAGAAAAUUAGAGAAAAAAAGGAAUGUCAGAAAAUUACAUCUCAUUUCACAUAUCACCUCAGUUUCAUGACAUCAAUCAACUCCCAUGAGAGCUUGACCCACAGUGGCCUUGACAGAGUGUAUUCCUAAUGGGGAAAGAGGCUGAGUUUUUCUCAGCAAGAGACCUGAUUAUGUUUUCUCCGGUUCUGUGUAGUAAUUGCACCAUUAUAAUAGUUGAACUAACCCUUUGGCUAUGUGUCUGUGUGUUCUCCCAGGGGAGCGUUCUCCGAGGUGUUCAUGGUGAAGGAGAAGAUGACAGGCAAGCUGUUUGCCUUAAAGUGUGUGAAGAAGAAGCAGAAGAGUAUUCAGAAUCUGGAGAAUGAGAUUGCCGUGUUGAGAAAGUAAGAGUUGCAAACUUUGUUAAUUGUAUUAUUUCAGUCUCCAUUUCAAUUGAAUGAAUCAUGACUUCAACUACUGUAUGUUUCACUGUAUUUUCAUCUCACAUGCUAAACAUGAUAUUCUCUCUCCCAGGAUCAAACAUGAAAACGUUGUUGGUUUGGAGGAUUUCUAUGAAAGUCGCUCUCAUUUCUACCUUGUCAUGCAGCUGUAAGUUCCAUACCUUUUACCUUAUAUUACAGUAGAAGGGAGAAAAUAUCAUGUUAAUUAUGUCCUGUAAAAACCCUUGAGUAGCCUACGCACACUCCACUCCACAAAUAAUAGUUCUUGCCACUUUUAAUGACAGCCACAAUGUUCUGCCUGUCAGAGUUAGUGCUCAGACUGCAACUUAGCACUCAAGUCACAUGCAGAAGCAUAAUGCUGAAUGUUCCCAACGUUGAGCCUGAACAUAAACAGAAGCUCAUGGAUAGAGUUUAGAGUUAGGCUGACUUGACUUAAACCCCUUUACUUUUUUUAAUUUAACCUUUAUUUAACCAGGUAAGCCAGUUGAGAACAAGUUCUCUUUUACAACUGCGACCUGGCCAAGAUAAAGCAAAGCAGUGCGAUAAAAACAACAACAACACAGAGUUACAUAUGGAAUAAAAACAAAACGUACAGUCAAUAACCAAUAGAAAAUCUAUAACAGUGUGUGCAAAUGUAGUAAGUUAUGGAGGGUAAGGCAAUAAAUAGGCCAUAGUGCAAAAAAUUACAAUUUAGUAUAAACUGGAGUGAUAGAUGUGCAGAAGAUGAUGUGCAAAUAGAGAUACUGGGGUGCAAAUGAGCAAAAUAAAUAACAUAUGGGAUGAGGUAGUUGGGUGGGCUAAUUACAGAUGGGCUGUGUACAGGUGCAGUGAUCGGUAAGCUGCUCUGACAACUAAUGCUUAAAGUUAGUGAGGGAGAUAAGAGUCUCCAGCUUCAGAGAUUUUUGCAGUUCGUUCCAGUCAUUGGCAGCAGAGAACUGGAAGGAAUGGCGGCCAAAGGAGGUGUUGGCUUUGGGGAUGACCAGUGAGAUAUACCUGCUGGAGCGCAGACUACGGUUGGGUGUUGCUAUGGUGACCAAUGAGCUGAAAUAAGGCGGGGAUUUGCCUAGCAGUGUUUUAUAGAUGACCUGGAGCCAGUGGGUUUGGCGACGAAUAUGUAGUGAGGGCCAGCCAACGAGAGCGUACAGGUCACAAUGGUGGGUAGUAUAUUGGGCUUUGGUGACAAAACGGAUGGCACUGUGAUAGACUACAUCCAAUUUGCUGAGUAGAGUGUUGGAGGCUAUUUUGUAAAUGACAUUGCCGAAGUCAAGGAUCGGUAGCAUAGUCAAGUUUUACGAGAGCAUGUUUGGCAGCAUGAGUGAAUGAGGCUUUGUUGCGAAAUAGGAAGCCGAUUCUAGAUUUAACUUUGGAUUGGAGAUGCUUAAUGUGAGUCUGGAAGGAGAGUUUACGGUCUAACCAGACACCUAGGUAUUUGUAGUUGUCCACAUAUUCUAAGUCAGACCCGCCGAGAGUAGUGAUUCUAGUCGGGCGGGCGAGUGCAAGCAGCGUUCGAUUGAAGAGCAUGCAUUUAGUUUUACUAGCGUUUAAGACCAGUUGGAGGCUACGGAAGGAGUGUUGUAUGGCAUUGAAGCUCGUUUGGAGGUUUGUUAACACAAUGAAGGGCCAGAUGUAUACAAAAUGGUGUCGUCUGCGUAGAGGUGGAUCUGAGAGUCAACAGCAGCAAGAGUGACAUCAUUGAUAUACACAGAGAAUAGAGUCAGCCUGAGAAUUGAACCCUGUGGCACCCCCAUAGAGACAGCCAGAGGUCCAGACAACAGGCCCUCCGAUUUGACACAUUGAAUUCUAUCUGAGAAGUAGUUGGUGAACCAGGCAAGGCAGUCAUUUGAGAAACCAAGGCUAUUUAGUCUGCCAAUAAGAAUGCUGUGAUUGACAGAGUUGAAAGCCUUGGCCAGGUCGAUGAAGACUGCUGCACAGUACUGUCUUUUAUCGAUCACAGUUAUAAUAUCGUUUAGGACCUUGAGCGUGGCUGAGGUGCACCCAUGACCAGCUCGGAAACCAGAUUGCAUAGCGGAGAAGGUACGGUGGGAUUUGAAUUGGUCGGUUUUCAUGAGGGGCAUAUGACUGUGCUUACACAGGCAGCCAAAUUCUGAUCAUUUUCCCACUAAUUGGUCUUUUGACCAAUCAAAUCAGCUCUGAAAAAGAUCUGAUGUGAAAAGAUCGGAUGUGAUUGGUCAAAAGACCAAUUAGUGGAAAAAAGAUCAGAAUUGGGCUGCCUGUGUAAAUGCAGCCUUGGUCAUCCAAAAAUGUUAGGCUGAGUAAUGCUUCCGAUGCUUAGCUCAUGGUUGGAGUUUAAGAUUAGGUUGAGCCAGCUUUUAAGGGCUAAUUGUUAAUGGUUGUUGUUGUUGUUCUCCCGGUAGCGUUGCUGGGGGUGAGCUGUUUGACCGUAUCCUGGACCGGGGGAUGUACUCAGAGAAGGAUGCUAGCAGGGUCAUCCAACAGGUGCUCCAGGCCGUACAAUACCUCCAUCAGAAUGGCAUCGUGCACCGCGACCUCAAGCCGGAGAACCUGCUGUAUUACAGUCAGGAUGAGAACUCCAAGAUCAUGAUCAGUGACUUUGGCCUGUCCAAGAUGGAGGAUAACGGUGUCAUGUCCACAGCCUGCGGCACUCCAGGAUAUGUGGGUAAGGAAGGAGACAUUUUUGGCCUUACAGAUAAUUAACUGUGUGUAUGGGGGAGAAACUCUGUCAGAGGAAACACAUUAUAAAACCUUGGGGAGACAAGAAGAACAUUCCAAAACCUACAUAGUUAACCUAGACCUAUCAUCUAUCUGUCAAACACCGAUUAUAUAACACUAGUUGAUUUAAAUGAACUGAACUUGGAGAAUUGUUCUUACUUACUCUGUUUCCCAACCUCCAGCCCCUGAAGUCUUGGCCCAGAAACCCUACAGCAAGGCAGUGGACUGCUGGUCUAUUGGAGUCAUCACCUAUAUCCUGUGAGUACUGCUAUCAUUGAUGACCUUAGGAUAUGUAUAGGCUACUGUAGUGAAAAGUUGAUUGCAUGUAAAGACUAUGUAUGUCACAUGGUCUUUGCAGGCAAGAGUGCAUUUGUUGUUCUCCAAGCUUGUUCAUCUAAUCAAGGGUUAUCUUUAGAAUGAUGACUUGUUAGGAUUAUCAAAGGCAUAGUCACGCUGACUCAUUAGUGCCACUGGGCCAUUCCCUCAACAUGUCCUGUUGUAGUGGUCGGGUUAGAGCUCCACCUUGUGGACAUUUAUCUCUGACACACACACACACACACACACAGUCUAUCAUUUCGUAAUGGCACACAUUUACACAGCAUUAUUAUUUGGUUUCUCUAGGCUCUGUGGAUAUCCCCCUUUCUAUGAGGACACUGAGACACGACUGUUCUCUAAGAUCAUGAAGUCACAGUACGAGUUUGACUCUCCCUUUUGGGAUGACAUCUCUGAAUCAGCCAAAGAUUUUAUCCGCAACAUGAUGCAGAAGAACCCUAAGAUGCGCUUCACUACAGAGCAGGCUCUCAGGCAUCCCUGGUGAGUGCCAUGAUCAACAACAUCAAUUGCCUACUGUUUAGUCUGUAACAUCUACAACAACAUGCACUCUGUGGUGUUCAGUGUGAGGUGUAUUCAGGCUAGCCUGGAAACAGUUUCUGUUACUAUGACAGAAAUGCCCGACUGAAUUAGUGAAGUGAAACAAUGGUGAAAUAUAGAGUGAUUUAGUCUGGAUUUCCAGGCUAAAACCAAUAGGAGAUUACAAUGUUAUUUUCUGUUGUCUCUCCUUCAGGAUCAUUGGAAAGACGGCACGGAGCCAUGAUAUCUACCACUCAGUCAGUGAACAGAUCCAGAAGAACUUUGCCUAGACCAAGUGGAAGGUGAGCCCUCUUUCCAUCUUGCUCAGUCAGAGGGUUCUGUCUCUCUCCCACAUCUAAGACAUAAUCACAGUGUGUUGUUUACUUUCCUGUUUAAGGGCCAUGAAAUACUGUUAACAUCUGUGUGUUAAUCAACAUUCCUGAUUACUCAUAAUCAAGUCAAUAUCAAGACAACUAGGAAAAACAUUUGACCAAAUGAAAAUGCCUCACUUAACUCAUGAUGAUGGUUAUCACUGUGGCAUCUCAUACAGUAGUUUCCUCUUAGAUCUUAGCAUGUUCCUCAUCAUCUCCUGUCUGUGUGCUGUUACAGCAAGCCUUUAACGCCACCGUGGCCAUCAACCACAUGAAGAAGCAGCAGCUGGCUCACUCUGACCUGGUGGUCAAGGCGCAGACCCUCAACAUGCCCACCAUCCAGGUCAUCGACGUCUCCCCCCCCCCCAAGUCCCACAACCCCCUGGAUCCUGAGAGGCUGGAACCCAACGGGAAACACAUGACCUUACCGAUCACCUCCAGAGACGUGAAGAGCCCCCUGCCCCGUAAGAUCAGCCAAAGCGAGCCGGCACACGCCCAUACCCUUGCAGAGAUGGGCAAACACGCCUACCACUCUGAGCCUGCGAACCUUAAUACGUAAGCACUAACCCUAACCCUGACUCCCAUAUUUACAUAAAAAGAUGGCUAGCCUCCAUUCACUGUGCCUGAAUGACCAUUGAACAGUGUGGGGAAUAUCCCAGAUUUGCCUGUGUGACUAUGUGAUCUCUAAUGGAUGACUUUGCCUCUCCUUGUUUUAGGUACAGGGCGACGGCCAACCGCAAUGGCCAGGCUCUUCAGACUGGAGUGUGCUCCGUCAUG